CCCCGUUCUACUGUGAAUCAAUCAAUCAAUCAAUCAAUCAAUCAAUCAAUCAAUCAAUCAAUCAAUCAAUCAAUCACUAACUCAAUUUCGUCAGUUGGUCAAUCAAUUAACUGGUCAAUGAAUCAUUCUUUUUCGCAGAAAUCAGUUUUUUCACAGACCUUGUUAUUUUGUUAAUAGUUGGGGUGCAUGGCAUGGUUUAUCCAUUUCGUCUCUGUGUAGAGUUCUUUUACAGGUAAUAUCGCUCUAGACUUUCCCCUCCCCUCCCGCCUCUCUGACACAUCUCAACACCUGAACACUGGAAACGAGCGCCUGCUCGAAAUAGUUCCUUCAGCACAAAUGGGGGGCGGAUAUUUCGUUCUGUUCGCCUUUUCCUCCUUCUUCACAACUGCGGUGCAAUUUUCGCCGCCAAAAUAUUCAGCCUGCCACAGUAAAGAUUUCGGUUAUGAUGGAACCGUCUGUGUUUGCUCGGACGAGCUGGAAUGCGACUCGUUUAGCAAGGGCAGUACUCCGUUGUCAGAACAUGAAUACGCCGUGUACACCAGUUCAAAAGCAGGCGAUCGCUUUAGCCUAAGAACUGGGAAGGCAAGGCAGACUUCAGACGGAGGAAAAUCACAAUUUGUUGAAGCUGAAGUCAAGUUUACUGUGAAUCAGAGCGAAGUUUUUCAAACAAUUCUUGGCAUAGGAGGUGCUUUCACAGAUGCUGCUGGAAUUAACAUUUUAAACAUCAGUUCCACAUUACAACAGAAACUCCUCUCAUCCUACUUUUCUCAAGAUGGCAUUGAGUACUCCAUUGGGCGUAUACCCAUGGCCAGUUGUGAUUUUUCUACCAGUCCAUACUCUUAUGAUGACCAUGAAGGGGAUUUUCAAAUGGUAAAUUUUACCUUGGCCAAAGAAGAUUUCCAUCUGAAGAUUCCUCUCAUGUUAUCUGCGGUGGAGAUGAGUAGACGGAACCUGACAUUCUUUGGAAGUCCCUGGGCCGCUCCUGCGUGGAUGAAGACGAAUGGCAAGAUGCAGGGUGCUGGACAGUUGAAGGGUGUUGCUGGUGACAAAUAUCACAAAGCUUGGGCCCUGUACUUUGCAAAGUUUAUCAAGGCCUAUGAAGACAAUGGAGUGAAGAUUUGGGGACUUACAGUUGAGAAUGAACCAUCAACUGGAUAUAUCAAAGGGUAUGCUUUUCAAUGUAUGGGUUUCACAGCAGAAAUGGAAAGAGAUUUUAUUAAAGAAGACUUGGGACCAACCUUGGCAAUGUUUGGCUACUCUGAUGUAAAGGUGAUGAUGUUAGAUGACUCACGAAACUUUGUUGAACCAUGGGCUGAUACUAUCCUUGGUGAUUAUGAAACUGCUAAAUAUGUUUCCGGGAUUGCUGCACACUGGUACAGAGAGGAACAGACAAGCCCUGAUGUACUUACAGCAACACACAAGAAAUUCCCCAAUUACUUUAUUCUUAACACUGAAGCCUGUGCUGGCUGGACAGGACCACCUUCUGAGAGAGGGGUCCAUCUUGGACAGUGGUCAAGAGGAAAUGAGUACUCCCACAGUGUUAUUGAGAAUUUAUCCCAUUGGUCUACUGGAUGGGUGGACUGGAACCUAGCUCUAAACAUGGAAGGAGGACCCAACUGGGUGAAGAACUUUGUUGAUUCACCAAUCAUUGUUGAUGCCGAGAAUGGAGUAUUCUAUAAACAGCCUAUGUUUUAUCAUCUUGGCCAUUUCAGCAAGUUUGUUCCACCUGGAUCGCAAAGAAUUGAAGUUAACAGCUCUGAAGAAACUUCCCUGGAGUUUAUUGGUUUUUUAACACCAGAGAUAAACACAGUGUUGGUGAUUCUUAACCCAGAGCCAAGAAAUAUUACCUUUGAGAUCAUUGACCAAAAGCUGGGAAUCAUCACAGAAACUAUUCCAUCUUAUUCAAUUCAGACUUAUAUUUGGUAGCAGUAGUGCUAAUGAUUUUUUAUAAUAACAAUAAUAUUAACACUUUAAAAGGACCUGUCCUCUCCUGCUCUAGGCACAUCAUAGUAUUUUCAAAAUACACAACUAAAAGUAAUAAUCAAAAAAGAUACAAUCACUACGAAUAAAAGUCUUUUUAAAAGUUUGAAAAAGGAUAUAUUUUUUUACUUAAAUUGUCACAUGAACAGAUGCUAUGAGGUAGACUGUUCCAGAGUUCACAGGCUGAAACUAAAGGCUUGAGACCCAUAGGACUUCAGAUUAGAGUUGACCAGAAAGUUCUGGCAUGCCGCCAUGCCCAGUCCAGUGCAUUUUGUUCUUGGGUAUUACACCUAAGUCUUACAGUGUCUUUCUCUUUCCAUCCUGGAGCAUACAAUUAAGGGGCACUAGUAAACUGUCAGGAAAGCCAUGUCAAAUGCUUUGGAGUAAGUCAAAACAGACUACAGUCUGGAACUCCUAUUAAGUGGCCACCUAUUAAAUGGCCACCCCUAUUAGGCUGCCAGUAAUCAAAGUCCCGAUGAUGGUUCUUGUGUAGUCUUUGCCUCUAUUAAACUGCCAGCCCUCUUUAAGCGGCCACUAUCCAUUUCCCCAAGGUUGGCUGUUUAAUAGGGGUUGACUUGUAGUUAGGUAAUUAAAGUCUAACGAAUAUAGAAUCCCUGGAUCCAGGCCAGGGAAUAGCAUAGUAGUUGCUUGAACCUGGUAGAGUGUUUUAACUUUGGGCCAAGCCCAGACCUGAGCAUCAAAUGUAGCAUAAUACUCAAGACUUAAAUACAAUGUUUGGGCAUUUCCAUUCCUGAUCCAUAUAAGUGCCAAGGCCCAGUAUAAUUCUAAUUUUUCUGGAAUGUAAAUACUGUAACUAUAACCAAGUAGGUAGUAGAUAAAUGUUGUACUGUAGUGUUGUAUUGUAAGUAUUUUUCAUUGUACGUAGUGUUUUUUUUUUGGUCUGUUAGCGUGGAAAUAAAGUUAAUUAAAAAUUUGUUUUUGUCUCUUUGGCGUGGUGACGAAAUGAUGCCCACUUUCUCACCCUCCUUUAUCUAGCCUGCAAACACAGACGUAUUUCCGGCUGUCACUUGGUUCCGCCGAAAAAUAACGUCUGCGAA